GAAGCCCUACCUGAGCUGUCUCCUUGGCGUCUCCUCCAACCUCCUUUGGGAGCCCAGCCUGUUUUCUUUCGGCUCUUCACCCCCGCUCUCCCGGGACCCUGCCAGAUGCUGGUGACGCAGAACCCUCCUCCGAGUCCCUCCGCAGGGCCCCAUCCCCAGGGCUGGCCUGACUACUGCCUCGCCGCCUAAGUGGGGACCUGGUCUGCUCGCACCACAGGCACGCGCGACUGGCAUGUCGGGGUGUGCUGGUGUGAAGUGUCCUGGCACUCCGCCUUCCCCAGUGCUGAUGGGGCUGGGGUCCCCUGCAGGACGCCUUUUGUGCUGUGUGGGAGACUGAAUUCCUGAAAGGGGGCCUGGAGCUUAGCGCAGUAACGUAUCCUUGCUUAGCAAGGGCAAGGCCCGGGUUCAAUCCUCAGUACCACGUAGGAGCCUUGGCCUUCCUGACCCCUCCCCCAGGCACAAUGACAAUAAGACUUUCCUGGUGUGGAUCAAUGAGGAGGACCACCUGCGGGUCAUCUCCAUGCAGAAGGGGGGCAACAUGAAGGAGGUGUUCACCCGCUUCUGCACUGGCCUCACCCAGAUUGAAACUCUGUUCAAGUCUAAGAACUAUGAGUUCAUGUGGAACCCACACCUGGGCUACAUCCUCACCUGCCCAUCCAACCUGGGCACUGGGCUGCGGGCAGGUGUGCACAUCAAGCUUCCCCACCUGGGCAAGCAUGAGAAAUUCCCUGAGGUGCUCAAGAGGCUUCGGCUGCAGAAGCGAGGCACAGGCGGUGUGGACACAGCUGCCGUGGGCGGGGUCUUCGAUGUCUCUAAUGCUGACCGCCUGGGCUUCUCGGAGGUGGAGCUGGUACAGAUGGUAGUGGAUGGGGUGAAGCUGCUUAUUGAAAUGGAGCAGCGGCUGGAGCAGGGCCAGGCCAUCGAUGACCUCAUGCCCGCCCAGAAGUGAAGCCUGGCCCACACUACCACCAGCCUGCUGCUUCCUAACUUAUUGCCCUGGGCAAUGCCCGCCAUGUGCCCCUGAUUCUGCCGCCUGGCGGCUGAGCCCUUAGCCUCUCUGUAAAGACUUCCAUCGCCCUGGGUAGAGUUUAUUUUUUGAUGGCUGAGCUGCUGCUGAUGCUGAAAUAAACUAGGGUUUUGGCCUGCA